AGGCACUUAAGUAAUUGUGGGUCGCAAUUAAAAUCUUCGUGUAUAAAUGCGAAACGUUGACAGCUGUUCACUCAAAAUUAAUUUGAAUUUUAAAGCAUCCACAACGUGCUAACCGUUACCGUUAGAUCGCAAAUCAAAGCAGCUAGAAAAUGUCGAAAAUCUUCGCACUCGCCGUCGCCGCUCUCUGCGUCUCCACCAUGUGUCUGACAAACGCUCUUCCCGCCGUCAGUGAGCUCUACGGUGUCCCCCUACACGGUGCAGGCGGUCGCGGUGGUGGUGGCGCCAACAGCGCUGACGCUCAUGCCGAAAUACGUAGCUUCACCAACGAUCUGAAAGAGGAUGGCAGCUACAAUUACCAAUUCGAAACCAGCAACGGCAUUGCGGCACAAGAAUCUGGAGUUGGCGGACAUUAUGCUACCGGCUCGUCCCAAUACUAUUCGCCGGAGGGCCAAUUGAUUCAACUCACUUACACUGCCGAUGAGAAUGGCUUCCAACCCCAAGGGGCCCAUUUGCCCACACCACCACCAGUGCCGGAAGCCAUCCUCAAGGCUUUGGAGUACAUUCGCACCCAUCCCUACCAAGAGGAACAGCAACAGUAUGGCUCACAGCAAGCUCGUGCAUCGGCCCCACAACAACUAUAUGGUGCUCCCUAUCGCAAACACUAGAAGUAACAAUCGACAGUAAAGUAAACACAUCUGUGCUCAUAUUUAAAUGCUUAGGAUCACUCUCAUGUAUUUUAGAACCUUUAUACUCCUGAAGUUCUUUACAUAUAAUUAACUGUUAAGAAAUUCUGUAGAAAUCAGCUACAGAGUGAAAGUGUUCUAUUUUGUAAACCCUAAUGUUUUACUUUAACCAUUUCCAUUACGUGCGAUGCCAGCAGAUGUGAUAACAAGGCGAUUUGUUGAAUUUGAGCUGACGAGAUUGGAUAUGACAUUAUAUUGGAUAAGCUUUUUCUUCACUUUGUUAGUUUAAUAUUUGAAUAGUAAAUAUAUUUUUUUAUUGAGUAUUUA